GGCAGAUAGAAUAUGUUUGCUUUGUUCCCAAUGAAGGAGCAUCGAGUUUUCGAUCAUCAGGAGACAAGAUGGCAGCUAAACAAAGUUUAGAUCUCUUUAAUCUUUUCAAAAUCAAGCAAAUCUAAGCCUAUUUACUCCAAACAAUCUCUUCUUUCUUUCUUUCUUUCUUUCUAGAGUAUCUUUAAAUUGCAAUCUCCAUCCAUUUGACCAGCCAUCCCUUUCCCUCAUGUCUCCAAAUCCAACUGUCCUCAUUAACACAAACCUCAAAUCCCAAUCACAUUCCAAUCAUCACCCCCAAAACCCCAUAAUUUUCUCCAUUUAACCAAAUUCUAAAAUCAUUAUUAAUUAAUUCACCCUCCUUCCUCUUCCUCCUCUAUAUAAUCCUUCAACCUCUUCAGGGUUCCUCCAAGAAUUUUUAGAGCUCGGAUAAAUUAAAUGGCUCGCCGCUUCAUCCUCCUCGCGGCCUUCCUCUGCUUCGUCGUCGCACUCGCCGCUGCUCGGCCGGCUCCGACGGAGACGCGGGAGUUGGCUGUGGAGUCGCACUUCGCCUCUGCACCGGCAAGCCAGUCAUCGGCGCUGCAGCACCACCGGCGGGCGCCGGACAGGUCGAUUGCCGGCGCCGAGGUGAUACUUGGAGGCCUCGCCACUGCAAUCUUUGGAGCCAUUUUUGCGUACAUCAGAGUCACAAGAAAACAGAGCAGCACUGAAGAUAAUUGCAAGGCGUGAUUAUAUUUUAAUGGCUGCUCGAUCUUUCAUCUUCUUUUGGUGCCUGUUCUUGAUGAACUGAUCGCAGACCUGAAAUAUAUAUAUGUAAUAUGUCGAUGUGUAUAAAUGGAAUUGGAUUUCCAAACAAAGACGGAUGACUAUAACUUAGUUUUUCCAGUGAUAUUGUUGAACUAUAUAUCGAUAUUAAUUAUA